AUGGACCAAACAGAAAAGCCCUGGAACAAUGUAUACACCAUUAACUUGGAUGUAACGCCCGGGCAAACACUUCAGUCCAACACAUCCAAUGAGCUGAAAAUGGACGCCAAACCCCGUGGGGUUGCCUUAAUAUUUGUCACCGUACCUGAACUUGCUCUAGAGGCCGAACGAUACAGGUCAAUUUUUCAGCAAUUACUAUUUGAACCGGUGAUUUGCCCGGCGCUCACCCGGGAUCAGACUGUGGCCAAAUUGAGCGAGGUGGCCGAUACAAACACCAAGUACAAGGGCGACGCUUUUAUCAUGAUGUUUAUCGGUCACGGAUAUAACGAGCGUAUCAUCGGGUGGUCAGCGUUUCCGCAGUGGCCGCCGGCACCGGGAGAUGUGCUGCCCGUCAGAGAUAUAGUGGCCAUGUUUUCCGAGACCCGGUGCCGGCCGUUGGCCCAAAAGGCUAAGAUGUUUAUAUUCAACUGUUGCAGCGAAAUGAGUGACACAGAGUGUUUGGCACCGGGUUUUGUCAAUAGCCAGUCCAUCGACACAAUGACCAGUUUGGACACCAAAUGGAAAACCGAUAACAAACUAACGCAUGUUAUUUAUGCGUGCGCUCAGGGGUCAAAAGCAUGGCACGACCAGGUCAACGGUCCUAUCGGUCACGUGAGUGUAUUCGGUCAGGCGCUCAGCCAUACCAUAGCGCAGUACUCGUGGCAGAAAAACGUGUAUCAGCUCUUUGUUAUGUCUGUUAACCGAUUGGAGGAGGAGUUGCAGCGAAAGGAUAAGACCAAUCGCCAAACGGAAAUCAAGAUGGUCACAGUGGAUAAAAAGCUUUUCUUUAACCCUGGUCUAUUCAAUAACAAACAUGAUAGGGCUGUGCGCUAUACUACAGUGUUGUGUACCACCCGUAACGAUGCUUAUGGCCAGAAGCGUAACCGCUAUAGCGUUGGUCGUAUUGCAACGGAUGGGGACAACACUGUCCUCACCAAUACUCAGAGGACACUAUCGCUGAGCCGUAGAAACAUUAUCGUCGGCACAGAUACACGCAGACCGUAA